AUGCGAAAAUUGAACCGAAAGGUGAAUCGAGGGAACAUGGCCAGUAUAAUGCGAGGCUUUCUGGCAGGUUUGAGACCUUCAAGAAAAUUUUUCCAGGUGUGUAGUGCACCUAGAACCGCAGGCUAUACUCGGAAUAUCCACACAUCGCUCAGACUUCACAAUAUUGACGAAUAUAGGAAGCGGUACGACCAAGCAAAUUCCGCCCAUGAAGCACAAAUGAAGUAUAGAAAUCGAACCUCGGCGUAUUAUGCGGCCUCUUUGGGCAUUGUAUUCUUGGCUUUAGGCUUCUCGGCGGUUCCCGUUUAUCGGGCCGUCUGUAAGCGUACCGGAUGGGCAGGAACUCCCAUCACCGACUCCACCAAAUUUGGUCCAGAAAAAGUGGUUCCAGUUGACACGAAUAAAAGAAUAAGAAUCCAAUUUACCUGUCAGUCGUCAGGAGUUUUACCAUGGAAGUUCACACCUCUUCAAAGGGAAGUUUAUGUCGUGCCGGGAGAAACGGCAUUGGCAUUUUACCGGGCGAAAAAUAUGUCCAACGAAGACAUUAUUGGUAUGGCAACUUAUACAGUUACACCAGACCAAGUGGCCGGAUACUUUAAUAAGAUCCAGUGCUUUUGUUUUGAGGAACAAAGAUUGAGCGCAGGAGAAGAAGUGGACAUGCCAGUGUUCUUUUUCAUUGACCCUGAAUUUGCCAAAGAUCCAGCAAUGAGAAACAUUGACGAUGUAGUCUUGCAUUACUCAUUUUUCAAAGCGGUGUAUGCCGACGGUGAAUUGCAACCGCUGCCCGUUGCAUAG